UCCCCUGAAAACCUGUCUGUAAUAAGACUGAACAAAUUAGAAACCCUCAAAAUCUCACUUUCGUCGUCACUCCAUCACCGAAGAUGUCGACUUUCUUCAGAAGAUUAAGCAAAGCUACACCCAUCGCAUUCUCCCACGCAUUCCGUACUCAAUCGCAAUCGUCUUCAUCGCAUUUCCGCUUUCCAGUCGGAGCGAUCGCUGCAAUCUCCGGUGGAAUCUCCUAUUUCUAUUACUUUUCUGAGCCUAAUUUGGUUCAUUUGGAUCAAAUCAACGAGGACACAGGCCCCAAAACCGCUCUCAUUCCUGAUAAAUGGGUAGAGUUUAAGCUUCAAGAGAAGGCUAAAGUCAGCCACAAUACCCACUUAUACAGGUUUUCGUUUGAUCCAAAUCUCAAAUUGGGACUCGAUGUUGCAUCAUGUCUCAUUACAAGGGCUCCAUUGGGAGAAGAUGCUGAAGGGAAAACAAAAUAUGUUGUUCGCCCGUACACCCCGAUAUCAGAUCCAGAUUCUAAAGGUUACUUUGAUUUGAUGAUCAAGAUUUAUCCUGAAGGAAAAAUGAGCCAACAUUUUGAUAAACUAAAUCCAGGCGAUGUGGUUGAAGUAAAAGGACCCAUUGAAAAGAUCCGAUACACACCCAAUAUGAAGAAACACAUUGGCAUGAUUGCAGGUGGGUCGGGUAUCACCCCAAUGCUUCAGGUUAUUGAAGCCAUUCUUAAGAAUCCCGACGAUAACACUAAAGUAUCUUUAAUUUACGCAAACGUAUCACCCGAUGACAUUUUGCUGAAAAAGAAACUUGAUAUGCUUGCUGCUAGCCACCCCAAUCUAAAGGUAUUUUACACGGUCGACAGUCCAUCGAAGUACUGGGUUGGAGGUACAGGUUACAUAUCAAAAGAUAUGGCCUCAAAAGGGUUACCUGCUCCAAGUGACGAUACACUUAUACUCGUUUGUGGUCCACCUGGAAUGAUGAAACAUGUGUCUGGCGGGAAGGCGAAAGAUUGGACACAAGGUGAGGUGAGCGGUGUGCUUAAGGAGCUUGGAUACACUGAAGAUAUGGUUUACAAAUUUUAGAACAAAGUUAAUGGAAUAAGUUUUGUCACAAAGAGCAGUUUUAAAAACUAUUUUGAGUCCAUACCGAGAACGAGUCAAUACAAUACCCACGAUUUGGUGGAUGUGUACGAUUUGACUCGCCUUGUGAGUGUAUGGUUUUUGCCCUUGUGUGGUGAGACUUGGGUUGGUGGUAAGUUGUAGUAGAAUAAAUGUAUUGGUUAUUUAACUUUUGAAAUUAUAAGAAUUAUCAGUAAUUUUCCAA